CCAUUUUUUUUUUACAGACUAAUAGAUUUUUUGAGAGCAAUAUCCAGGGUGUAAGCACUGUUAGUGUUUCUGUGUAGGUAGCAAUUAGUGCAUUAAAAAUUAAAAUGGUGAAUGGCACAAAGAGGUUAAAAGAUAUACAUACACGCACACUUGUGCUCACACCCAUCCACAACCUCACACACACGUAAAUAUUUUUGUAUAUAUAUAUAAUGAGUACAUUUUGUAAAUGAAAAUUCUUUGUCUACAUUUUUUUGUUUUUAAUAUUUUUUUUAUUUUAAAGAAUUUUCUAAUUUAAUUAGCCUGCUUGUUCUAUAAAAGAUGUUGAAUUGCUUCAUGUACUGAAUUCAUUCAGACAUUGUCUAUUCAUCAGAUAGUUAAUAAUGUAAGAGUAAAACAAAGACUUUUCCUCACACAGCCUCUCUCCACCCGACCUCGUCGAGACGCGUCACACGAAGACGACAGCCAGAAGUCGUACCUCAGUCCACGUGUCCAAGCUAGCUAUGGCUAAUGACAUCACAGAAUCUGUCAUCAAUGUCACUGCCAGUAGCCUAGAACCUGUCAAAGAAUAUACCGCUAUGGAACGGUUUUUGCUCUCUUACCCACAUCUCGCAGCCUGGAAGAUUGCCUCGCCUUUCAUUGUCUUCUUUGGCACCUUUGGCAACGUGAUGAUCAUCGUGAUAAUGAGGCGAAUGAGGCAGGGCCAGUCGUCAAACUCUAUGUCAUUGUACUUCACGGCAUUGGCGGUAUCCGACCUGCUAAUCUUAUAUACAGGGCUUCCUCAAGUAUGGAUGUUUCGUACCUUUGGGUUUCAGCUCUACCGUCUUCAUGUUUCCAUUUGCAAACUUAUUCCGUUUUUCACCUAUUCAUGUGGCACAGGCUCUACCUGGCUUAUCGUUGCCAUGACGAUGCAAAGACUAAUGUCGGUUGUGUGGCCCCAUCAUAAAAGCUUUUCGUGUACAGAGAGAAAGGUUGGACUAGUUAUAGCUAUGAUUGCCACCAUACAGAUUGGAUUCAAUGUAUCUAAAAUUAUUUCCUAUGAACUAAUUAACGGAGUGUGCGAUAUUGUAAACGAAGAGUUAUGGUACUACGACCAAGUUAUCUAUCCUUGGAUCGAUGUUGUAAUAACCACACUUAUUCCGUUUGCUGUUUUGGUCAUCGGUAACAGCGUGCUGCUGUGGACAGUGAUUCAGUCUGUGAAGGUGGCGCGUGUGAUGACCUCAGGUAGAGGUGACCAGGUCAACACUCGCCGGAAAAAAGCCUCGACACUCACCGUCACCCUCAUCACGGUGUCGAUGGUGUUUCUCCUUCUCACGAUGCCCAUGAACACUUACUUUCUCAUUGUUAAUGAUAUCAGCAACGAGGAGACCAUCAUUCAGUGGGCCAGUCGUAGUUUCGCUUUUGCCAUUCUCGACUUGGCUUGGUUCAGUCACAGCGCCAUAAAUUUUUAUAUCUACUGCCUGACUGGUUCUAAAUUCAGAAAUGAGCUGAAAUCUUUGUUUUGUAGACGAUACCCGGCGCUGGAAAGGUCAAAGGCCACCUCCCUGACCAGCGGCACAACGAGUUUUAAGUAA